AUGGCUCAGAGAGGGGUGCAUUAUAGAAGACACAGUAAUGCAACAUCAGUAGUUCGCAGAAUAAGAGCAUCAGGUGGUGCCCAGCAUCCCACCAACCUACCCAGAAGUGUACGGCACAGGCGAUUACGAAGUUAUCACCCACGUAGGCGUGUAACUCGAGUCGACUUUGUUAGCAGACUUCCUUUUGAGCUGGUGUCCUCCUUGAUCUUACCAUCUGCUUUGAUGAUUCCAUCCCGUCAAACAUUUGCAUAUUUGCAAGUAUGCCGAACAUGGCGGCAACGUGUUUUGCAAUCGGUUGGGUUUCAUUUCUACAGCGGCGCAAGAGUAACAUUUGGUGACAAACAAAUCAUGCUCGCAUAUGCUCCCUAUAUCACACGCAUUGCUUUGGGGAAUCCUUCCGAAUUGCCAUUGUAUUUCUUUUCACGCUCACAGUUUACCUGCCUCCAAUCAUUGGACCUUACCUUGGCUUUCGAGAAUGACAUACAUGCGUUGAUUCGACUGCUGCAGCCGAUUGCAGCAGCAUUGAAGGAAAUCAAGUUGACCAUCUCUCCUAGGAUGUCCAAUGCGGCUGUUAGGUUGGUAUCUACAUCCAUCACGCAACCACUUGAAGAAAACGACAUCAUUGGAUUGCUUGAACGAUUCCCAUCAUUGCAGCUUUUAUCGCUACCACAUUGCCAAUAUUCAACGCCACUCUCCCUCAUGCCUCAAUACUGUCGUUAUCUUGACUCGCUUACAUAUUCGUCGCAAACCGGAGUCUUGGAAGCAAUGCGUUAUCCACGUACCGAUAACGCCAUCGGACUCCAUAGUGUAUAUGUGACAGCUGGGGAAAAUUACCACCUUGGCGACAUCGCUUCCCUAUUGGCAAGCCAUUGCGAUACCUUGACCACCAUUGUUCUCGCCGGCAAGAUGAAUCAUCAAAGUAGUAGUAGCAGAAGCAGCAGCACAAUGCUUAGCCAAGACGCACAUUUCAAGCACCUCAACCAUUUGUUCUUUUACCCUGAUGAUGAUGAUGGUGGAAAUGUGCUUUUGCAAUGGAUCCUCAAAGGUGCACCCAACGCGAGGGAGAUCGAAAUGGCUAAAUGCAACGUUGACAAUGAUGCUGUGUACCAUACCAUGAAGAAAAUGACAAACCUUGAAUCACUCUCAUUUGCGUUGCCUUCCACAGCUAUCAUUAGUGGUCUCGAAUACCAUGCCUCUACCUUGAGACACAGGUCAAACUUGCGUUCACUGAGCAUCGAUGUCCAUUUCAGCGGUAAUGAAUGUCCACGUGCAUGGAGGGCUGUAGCACGCUUAUCCAAUCUACGUGAACUUUUCAUGCAACUUCGUGGUGCUACUUUGGAUCAAGAAUUUGUUGCUUUCAUUGAAGCACUCGCUCAUGGAUGUCCUGAAUUGAGAGAAUUGAUCUUGGAGGCACCAAUGGAAUUCCCAACUGCAAUCAUAUCCAAAUUCCCUCUAUAUCCCAAGCUGCAAGAACUCACCCUCGGUAGCCCAAAUUUCUGGAAUGAGAGCUUGCUCCCCAUUUUGCAAUGCCCAUCUUUGGAAGCUCUUUACGUGGAACGAGAACAAAUGUCUGAGAAGGUGGCAGAAGCUUUAGCUUACUUGACAGGUGAUGCAUGGUUGUCACACUGA